AUGACACAGGGAGGAGACAGAGGAGACCAGGAGGAGACCAGGAGGAGACCGGGAGGAGACAGAGGAGACCAGGAGGAGACCUGGAGGAGGCCAAGAGGAGACAGAGUAGGCCAAGAGGAGAUAGAGGAGACAGAGGAGACAGAGAAGACAGGGAGGAGACAGAUGAUUCCGAGAGGAGACAGAGGAGACCAAGAGGAGACAAGAGGAGACAGAGGAGACAGAGGAGACAGAGGAGACCAAGAGGAGACAGAGGAGACAGGGAGGAGACAGAUGAUACCGAGAGGAGACAGAGGAGACAGAGGAGGCCGAGAAGAGACAGAUGAGACCAAGAGGAGACAGAGGAGACAGGGAGGAGACAGAUGA